ACACAGCGCUCCGCUCUGCUGUGGUGUAGUGCACUGCUGUUAGAGUUGGAGAGCCUGAUCCGACAGGAGGGAUAGAUAGACUCACUGCACUCCCUCCCUCUCUUUCUUUCCCUCCCUCUCUCUCUCUCUCUCCCCCCCUCUGUGUCGCUGUCUGUCUCUCUGUCCCCGCGCUCUCUCGUUCAUGAAUGUCACCUCUAUCUCUGGGAAAUGCUGGAUUUGUCAAGUCUCCGUCUUUUUCCCUGUCUUCUCUCAGGGCGCGGGUGAACGUGACGGGGAUUCCAGGGGAGCCUGAAAGAUGCUGAGGAAACAAGCCGCGCUCCGUUCAGCAGAAGCCGCAUCCCUUCAUCAGCUUGCAGAGCUGAUACCUCAGGUCGGACAGUCACUACUUCUUCCUCUACUUCUCUUGCUCUGACUGUGUUCGAGGUGGAGAAUUUUUACAGGUGAAGGCAAAGAAAGGACGGGAGUCACAGGCUGUCCCAACAGUGAUACUCCUGUCAUUUUGGAGAGUUAAUGUGUGGACCCCUUUUUUGUCCCAGUGAACAGCAUCAGGCUUCUUAUUUUUGGGACUGAGCAGGUGAAGAGGACUAAAUUUCAUUGUUUUUUUAAUGGUUCUGGUUUUAUAAUGCGACGAGUCCCGUUUUGAGACAAACUUCAUUUGUGCUUGGAGUACUCUUAGACUGGGACAGAGGUGUCAGAGGGAUAGCGGCUACACUGCACUGGAAUUUGGGUGGAUAACAACAUGACUCGUCCUGGCAGAGGUAGAGUGACAUGUGAAAGCUUUACUUGAAUCGGUCUCCCAACCACAACGCACAAAUCCCAGAAGGACAUAUAAAGGCAAACGACCACUCAUCCAAACCUCCGUGAGCAGUGGUUGUCAGACUUGGGAGGGCUUUUAAAGGAUCCACCCUUCUCUUUCCUCCACCUCCAACUCUUCCUCCCUUCCUCUCCUUCUUUUUCUGUUCCCUCCCAGUUGAUUCGUCCUAGGAAGCCCCCUCCUCCGCUCUGCACCCCUCCCUCAGUGGUGCUCCGUCGCCCUGGGUGAGUGGGCAGGGGGGUGGCCCACGGUACCCCCCGACACCUGGGUGCCACCGAGCCGCCAGAGGCUGGUGAGGGGGCAGCUGGGUCAGCACUGGGAAGAUGGCCGCUCUUGCCAGUUCCCUCAUCCGCCAGCGCAGGGAGGUCAAGGACCCCCAGGCAAACCGGCAGAUCGCCAGCAAGCGAAAGCCCUGCCCGAAGAGCAACAAGUCACUUUGCCAGAAGCAAAUCCUCAUAUUAAUAUCAAAAGUUCGAUUAUGUGGCAGUCGAGGGAGAAAAAUGGAGAAAAGACCAGAGCCUCAGCUGAAGGGCAUUGUCACGCGGCUCUACUGCAGACACGGCUUCUACCUCCAGAUGCUGCCGGAUGGCACCAUGGAAGGCACAAAGGACGAAAGCAGCUCCUUCUUGCAGUUCAACUUGAUUCCUGUGGGGCUCAGGAUAGUGGCCAUCCAGAGCACCAAGACAGGGCUCUACGUUGCCAUGAACAGCGAGGGCUACCUCUACACUUCGGAACACUUUACACCUGAGUGUAAGUUUAAGGAGUGUGUGUUUGAGAACUACUACGUCACCUACUCGUCCAUCCUGUACAGACAGACCCAGUCAGGGCGGGCUUGGUACAUCGGCAUCAACCGGGACGGCCAAGUCAUGAAGGGGAACCGCGUCAAGAAGACGAAGGGAGCUGCUCACUUCCUGCCCAAACUUAUUGAAGUGGCUAUGUACAGGGAGCCCUCUCUACAUGACGUUGGUGAACAGAGUCCGCCCAGAAAAACGCCCAAGACCUCCAGUGAUUCGCCUGUGCUCCAGAACGGCAAGAAAGAUCCUCAAUCCAAAACCAAAACCUCCUCCUCCUAGCGCUCAGAGACACAGGAGAGAGGAGUGGUAGACAACACGUGGACAAUGGGCACCAGCGGACACCUGAACAAGUUUGUUAGGGCUACCCUCCCCCCCACAUGCUGCCUGUAAUACUGAUCCCAUAAUGCACUGGUGACAAACUGGGUAAAAAGCAGAAGCAAGUCCAGGCAGAGUGGAGUUGGCCAGUGGGAGGCCCCUUUUACCUUUACAGAAGCCCAUUCACACCAGCCCACCAUGUUCUUAUUUAAUGACCUUUAUGAUUAGCAGAGCCUGGGAUCUAAAAGCAAUAACUCCGCAAAGAGGUGAAAAGUGGCCUAACAUUGUACAGCAUGUCACCACAGCGUGUUCAACCAGCUGGAAGGGAAAACCCCCCACACCCUCUAGACAUCAUCAUUGAGAUCCUUCCAGUCAACCAAAUAUCCAAACAAAGUCUUCCUGGGUUUAACACAAAGAGUGCACUGGGUAAAUCUGUCCCUCUGCUGCACAUGCUCCACAAUUGGGUUACGUCUUUAUUCCCCUAUGGGGUUUAAUGCUAAGGUUAGCUUGACAAAGAGUCAUGCUAAUGUGAGGCUGUCACACAGACCCUUUGGUUCUAAAGCCAUCUGCUCACUCCACAUCUUCAGCGUGUGCGUCAGCAACUUUGUGAGAUAGCCUGAAUAUGAGUCAGUCCUAUAUGCGUGUGUGUGUGUGUGUUCCCUUCUUCCAUUCACCUUUGCUACGAUUUUAUUAGUUCGUGACAUGGACUCAAUUUUCCACUCUGCGGCACAAGAAAGCCCCUCCCUCCUCUGCGGCUCCGUUAAUGGAGUCUGGGACUGAUCAGACUCUUUCGACCCUUAAACGAGGGGUCAAAAGCUCCCCCGGCACAUUGCGUAACCGCAUAACCCACACUCAUUUAUACACUUACAUCUACACAUGCAUGUUUGUGGUUUGUGCAGCACGUGCACACACUUUAGAGCCCAGAUGUCCAUGAGCAUCGGCCGCUGAAAACCAUCUCACACCUUAACACACUUAGCAAAGUGACACGCACGCUCGUGACUGCGCCCACUAACAUGACACAGUGGUGAGUGUGUGUACGGGUUCUGGGAGAUGAUGAGGAUAUCAUCAGCGAAAUGGGUUGGUAAUGGAGCCUGGCUGUGCGGUUUGUGAUUGUGCUGCAAUAGCUGUUUUCACUGUGGCCGGCCAUGCAUUGCACAAACCCUCAAGGGCCACACACUAUCUGUGCAAAUCAUCUUUUGUUUCACUGCACACACACAAAUACACACACACAUAUAUAUAGAAAUGCCAAUUUUGUAUUUUUUCAUCAUACUCUGCCAUCAUGUUCAGGGGGUCUGACUUGAGAUUUUGACCUAAUUUUGUGUGAAAUAGUCAAUAUUCACACAUACACUGAUAUUCCAGUGAAAGGCUAAAACUAACAGAACAACCUUUCAUUGGAUAUAAAUCACAAUCAGUAAUCCUUUUAAUUGGAUUUAAUGUCAAGUGGCUGUCUUGAAACUAAAGAUAAAUAAUAUAUGACAGCUGGCUACGCAGCGCUGUGAGUAAAGUAGUCUGAAAGUGUCUGCAUUUUCUGAGUUUUAAGCUGUUUCACUAAUUUGUCAUACACUAAGAGUUAUCUUGCAUCCGUAUGAGAAUUACACUUCCCCAAAUUUUCGCGCUGCAUAGCAUUGUUCAAAUAAACCGUGUUUAUUCCUUAAAGAUAAAGAUAAAGUUAGAAGACAUUAUGGAAAGCAGCUCUGGUGGAAAAAGCUCAGUUCCCCCUGAGCAAUGAGGCAGCAAUACUCAAAAAAUAAAAAAAUGCCCAAAAUGCUGACUUUAAGUAAUUUGAUUUAAUGUAAGUUUCCAUCUAUUAUUUAUUUAUUUUAUCAUGUAAGUACAAUGUAAAAGGUUCACUUUAAUGGUCAAAUCAAAUUUAGUUGAUUGAUAUACCUUCGGUUUAUACCAAGGUGAUCCUUAUUUGAAUAAAAACCUUUGAUUUUAGAAAGAUUUAAAAAUUUUAAUUUUAAUUUUUAAACUUGUAGUUUUCAGGUAUAAGUUUGGGAGUUUCAAAAGUUACAUUUUCAGAGACUUUAUUUGCAUGUAUUCCCAGAUAUCAGUUUGGGAAGCAGAUUGUACUUUGAAAGAGUACAAUUAAAUGAACUAUGCCACCAAAUUGCAUUAUGGGAAAUGUAGUAACUAAUGAUCUGUUUUGCUGGAACCAAAGUCAGGAUUUCUUCAGCUUCUUCUGCACUGAUUUUUCAUAUAAAGUUCCCAUACUUCAUACAUAAAUUAGUGUAGGGUACUCAGUUAAAUUACUGUAACAUUAACUAAAGAAACUAAUGCCGGGGAAUCAUUUGUUAAUGUAAUUUUUAACAUUUUUAGAAAUGAACUCUGCAGUUUUUUGGGGGUUUGGUUUUAUAGUAAAUCUCUCCCAGAGAGUUUGAUUUUGAUGCAAAGAGGAAUUCAAGCCUUCUUUACUUGUCACGUCCUUACAGUUAUUAUUUAGAGCUUAUAUACUGUGAUCCCAUGAUAUGACUGAGGCAAAAAUAAUUAAAGUUGUAUGAGCAUAGAUGAUGGUACAAGAAUGAUGGCUCUGAAAAAAGGAAACUUAAGCGUCUCACAUCUUUUUGCCAGUGUUUAUUUGUUAGCCUGUCCUGGUAAAGAAAAUCACUACCAUAUUUAAUAUUUCACUCCUUUCUUUCCGAAGACCUUGUUUGGUGCAUUUCCAUUUGUUGUUUCCAUUGAACACAAAAAGCAAUCAUUUUUCAUAUCAAACUUGCUACAAUAUGCCAGGCAGGGUAAUUGUUUCUGCCUUAUGUUUAUGUACUGUGGGAAGCGAGGGAGUCCUUUGUGUUCGGGAGGUAAAGGCGAGGCGAGAUUGAUGAUCAGGGCAGAGGGAGAGAGAGAGAGAAACAAAAGAAAUGAGCGAGAGAAGAAGAGAAAAUUUUAGGGAGGAUAAUUAUGAUGAUGAGCACAACAAAAAGAGAUUUAAAAGGGAAUUAUGCUAAGGUGGACACUCUUGCCUGAAGACACACAUUUACUAGCGCUUCUCCUUAUGCGCGUAAUCCUCUGCCCCCAUGCAACCUGUGGUUGUAAAUAAUAAUAGCUGAUAACCCAAUCAGGAUGGAGGCGAGGGUGCUGAGCAAUGUAAUCUUCUACCUGAGAAUUGAAGCAAAUUGUACCUCUGCUUUCCUGAAGGAAGAAAGGAAGGAAGGAAAGAGCAAUCCAGUGAAUACUUAAAGGAAAGGAAGUGGUCUGAGAGAGAGGAAAUAAAUAAAAGAGGGGGUGAAGGGGGUAAAGGAAGGUGAUUCAAUACAUAUAUGAUUUAAAAUAAUAUAUAUUUUUUAAUUUAUUGUACUUAAGCUACUGUUAAAACCUCACUUUCACACUGAAGACCUUAAUUAAACUGUUAAAUAGACAUUCAGGUUGAUGUGUUUGACCAGACACCCUCCCUGGAUCACACGAUCCAGAACACAGUGUUUGACUAUUAUUUGCAGAGUAAUUAGUGUUUAAUUAAAAGAGGCUCCCUCCUCCCAGAACUGAAGCAAGUCUGUCUGAGACUGGAUUCUCUUAGAUGGAGAGAGGAGUAACUCAACAAACAGAGCUUUUGUAACAUCUAUAUUAUGUAUUUUAAGGGCUGGGAAAUCUAUGUUCCAAUAUUUUUUUAUGUAUGUCUCAUGACUGUUGUUUUUGGGUUUUAAAUAGGGGUUAAGGGCUAAAGUUUUAGUUUAAAUAAUCUUUGUGGAAGAGUUUAAGGAGCACGGAUUUCGCACAGAUUAUUUUUACCAUAUAGAUAAACAAACGUUUGAAAGUGUGUUCAGACAGAGCACCACCAAAGGCAUUGGUGUUACGAUGAUAAAUGACAAACUUGGCUCGUGUGUGCAAAGUUAAGCCGCUGUAGGAGUGCUUUAAUCCUGCAUUCUCUCUAAUGGCCAGCAGGGGGCGACUUAUCUGGUUGCACGAAAACGUCAGAUUCUAUAAAAGCCUUUGGGACAAUGACCCAAAACCUCACUCCAUGACGGUCUCGUUUGCUAGUUCCAAGAUUUAAUCCCAUGUAGAGAGAAAAAAUGCUAAAGCUCAAAUCAGUGGAUAAGAAAAAUGAAAUAAUCUUUUCUCAAGCAUUUUACAAAACUAACUAUAAAGCACUAUUCUACAAACAAGUAAAAAGCAUAUACCAGUUAAGGGCAAGCCAGUGCAUCUCUUUAUGUUUAUGUGAGAGCUCAGCCAUUAGCUCAUCUUGCCAGGAACUAUGCGGUCACCCUCUAUUCUAGAAUACUGUUGAUAUUGCUACAUUCAUAAAGGUAAUUAUAAAAGUGGCUUUUUUUUUUUUUUAGCCCACAGCUGUUUUCAUUUGCUAAACCAGUCCUCAUCUCAUCAAAAAGGUGCCCCGUGUCCUGUCUGAACACACCUCUGAGGGUAAAGUGACUGUGAUGAAGUCUUGAUCCACAUUUUUAGGUUUGUGGUCUUUUGACAGAAAACCUUCGAUACAAAGCUAAAAAGAACGUAAGAAGCAAUGAAAGUGGAGAGGUGUCAAUAUGGGAAAUGUGGGGUCCUGCUAGUUUGGAUCUUGUCUCGUGAGAGUGAGAAUAUCUUUUUUAGUCCCUUUGUAAUCCUUUCCUGACUCUUAAAUACAGAAAAUCACUGGAGGGACCCUUUAACUUUCAAAAUAAAAGCUGCAUGAGAGCAAAUAAGGAAAAAAAUAUUAAAUUUUUAUGGAGUAAGUGUAGGGCUGUGAACAUUUUGUGUCAUGCCUCAUGUCAUGUCAUACAGUGACUUUAAAGCCAAACUUUUGUUAAACCAGUCCAUCUUUGUCACUUCACUGACCCCACGUCAGUCAACACUGACAUCUAGUGAAUGAUGGAUUCAAAGCUAACUAAACUUCGGUGUGUUUUGCAUGUGUGUGUGUGUCGAUUCAGCAAUUAAAUGCAAUCCAUUAGAAAUGAUCCAUCAGCCACUUAAAGCUGGAUCAGACAUCUGAGUGUCCCACUGUAAAAUAUGUAGACACGUUUGAUUUUUAUCCGACUGUUAUUUAAAUACUAGGUGCAGCCUGAUUACUGAUGUUAGUACCCAUAUUUUUUAAGUAACAACUCAGAUUUCCAGUUAAUAAUAUCAUCGUCAUUAUUGUGAUUUUUUAAGCUCAACUGAGAAGUAAUCAGAUUAAUCCUGGAAGGUUUUAUCUGUUAUUUUUAGUCUAUUUCAAGCUAUGGUGGUGAUCUUAAAGAGGAUGUUGCUUUGUUUGCAGUCUUAUUGAUUUUACUUUUGCGGUGGCAGAAAAGUAGAAUUACUAAAUCAUUUAUAGCGGGUGGAAGGUUUGUGUGGCCACACGUGUUUGCACCGGUUUGUGUGUGUGUGUUUUAUGCUGUGUUCGUACACACCUUCUUUUCCCUCCGUCUCUGUCCUGCGAGUCUUUUGUGAAGCCUGAAAUCAGCCCGUCCGCUCUCAGCCUUCAGGCUUCACUUCAAACGACUCUGCGUAAAUUACAGGAUGUAAAGUUUGCCAUUUCUCUCGGCGGCCGUCUCUCUGAGCACAUGUUUGAUUAGUGGACACCCCACUCCCCUCCCGUGGCUGAAUUUACUGCUUUUAACUGGCUGAUGAAUGUCUCCGGAUUCAGCUCUAAGCGUUAAAUAUUGGCCCUUUGGUGAGCUCGGCGUCACUGCUUCUUUAUAUAUGAAAGGGAUGGGGAAGGUGUGCCAGCUUGCGCCUAGAUAUCGAAGGGAGCUAAAUGAUGUCUAUCUGAUGCAGCUGCACCCUUCACACACACACACACACACACACAUACGCACACACAUACGCACACACCUCUCCCCCCAGGGACUCCCUUCCCUCCCAUUUCUCCCGAGUCAGGGCCCUCCCUGCUUACUGAGCGAAUUACAACUGCAGUGAGAGUGAGAGGGUCAUCUGGGGUUGUGAAAGACUCAGAGAGAAAGAGAGAGGCAUGUGUCACAUACUGUAGAGUGGCUACCUCGCGCCUCAAAGCCUCUCUUUGAAGUUCCAUUUCCUCUCGGCGAGCCUUUUUUGCAUACAGCUAAUAUGACUUCCCUUUGACCUGGAGGCAGCGCGUUUGUGUGUGUGUGUGUGUGCAGAUAUCCCACCUGCCAAUUCUGGUAAUCGUAUGUAAUGUUUGUGUAGCUGUUACUGAAUAUUUCUGUGUGUCCUUUAUGUGUAUCCAAGCAGAGAGAGAAUAAAGUACAGAGAGCGAGAGAGAAUAAAUCAAGAGGCCAAAUCAAUAAGCAUGAGUCCUUGGGCAGAAAGCAAUAAACUCUUAUUAACAAGGUGCAGCCACAUUAUCUGGGAGGGUGUGGAAAAAAGGGGAGAAAUAUUGAUAUAGAGAAAACAACUGCGUGUUUUAUUAAAGCUUUUAUUUUUCUAACACUUUGCCCUCUUUUGUGUGUGUGUGUGUGUGUGUGUGUGUGUGUGUGUGUGUGUGUGUGUGUGUGUGUGUGUGUGUGUGUGUGUGUGAGCUAGCAGAGCUGUUUAAGCGUGCGUGCGUGCAUUACUUCGAGGUGGAGUCCCCUCACCACAUCUGCAAUGCAGCAGAAAACACAAAAAAAAGAGAAAGGGAGGAAGAGAGAGACUCACGUGCUCUGACAAAAGAGUGACGCCUUCCUCGGGUGUUUUUUUUUAAUGAAAAAAAAAAAAGCUUUUAAAUUUGAGAGCUGGAGUAUUCAAUGUCACACCCUGAGAAGCAUUAAUGAAACUUCAGCUAUUAAAGUUUUGCAUUUUUGUUGUUGCUUUUUUUUCUUUUUUUUUAAAGGCACACCCCACGAUCUCUGAACACAUCUGCAUUGCACACACACACACACACACACACACACACACACACACACACACACACACACACACGCACACACACACAACCCCCUGCAUAGCCAGCGCAGAUGUGGCUAAAUCGGGUGACCUUUACAAGCAGAUCAUGGAAGGACUUCACCUCUUACAAGCUAAUGCACCAUCCACGCUUUAGUGGUGACUUUACUCUGUAGUGUUUCUUUACCUGUUUUCUAAAGUGUCAUUUGUCAAUCUAAGUACUUUGGGUGACUCUCGUGGAAUUACUGUGAUUUAUAAUGAUAUGAUGUGAGGUCACAUGUGAUCCACGUAACUCCUGGUUAGUCACAUUCACGUGUGUUUGCUGAUUUGAUGUGGUUUUGUUGCUGUUUAAAUACAUAUCUGUGUCUUUUACUCUCAUGUUGUGGAACUAAAAAGCUAGAUCUGUAAAGAAUGAGAAUUGUGGGGUUUCAAACCCUCUCCUUCCGAUCCCCCAGAAUCCACCUGUCUGUCACGUACCGCCUGACUGACCAACCUCUGACCUUCACUGUCAUCUGUCCUUCAAACAUGCACACGGACACAUUUCACGUGUGUGUGUGUGCUUGUGUCUGUGUGUUAUUCUCUGAUCAAUCUGUCACUCGUUUUUUUUCCGUUCUGUUGGUUUUUAUGGACGAUCCAACUUAUUGUGAGUCUUCCAGAAAGAAUUUUAAGGAAAUCAUCUUAACAUUAUUUUAAUGUUAGACAUAUUCUUGUCUUCCAAAUGCAAAAAGAGUGCUUCAGUCUUCCAGCUAUCAAAGCCACAAUGACACUAUUUUUGUAUUCAAAAUGGGGCAAAAAAUAUAUCUAUAUAUCUCUCUAUAUAAAUAUAUACACGCAAAUGUGGUUGGGGUGCAGUAACUCCCCCUGUUGCUGGCAAGGUGGAACAACACAACAUUGAAACACCAUCCAAACCCAUGGAUCGCUUGGAGGAAGGAGCUGAAAAGGACUACAGAGAGCCCUGGGAGUUCGGAGACUCAGACUUGUGGGCUGAGAUGGAGGAUCACAGAUGGGCUUGACUACAAGCAUGCAUGCGCCAAUCAUUUACUGGACACCUUCAAAGAAACAAUCCUUCCCCAAUAUUUACUCUUUGACACCCUUUAACCCCUUGACCCUCCCCCUCUUCAACACUUCUACUAUCCCAAACUCUUCUCUCUGCAUUUGCUAUAUGAUCUGUAUUUAUUUCUAUAAUAACUUACCCAAAGUCAAAGGAGACAUAUUAUUGGAUAUAAUUGAAUAAAACAAACUAAUAUAUUUGUAUGAUUGUAA